AUGCUGGUGCAGCGAGACAACGUGUCAUGCGCGGCCAGUGCCCUGACCACACUGUCAACGGAGCAGGAGCGCCGAAAGCGCAAGGUGAAGCAGGAGUUGCCACGCCCUCGUACAGUGACAUCGGCGGGCAGCGGUGUGAGGGGCGCAGGAGAGGUGCCGCCGCCUCCCAGUGACGAUGUCGUUGCCCGUCUUGCCCGCCCCAACUAUCAGCGUGAUUUCCAGACGUUGGCGCUCUACGGUCCCCAUGGAGUGGGGUGUCAGCUGCCAGCACAGGACGUCCUGACGCUCGCUGACGGACAGUGUCUGGCCGACACAGUAGUGGACUUCCAUAACAUGGGCCACUACUCGCUGGUCAUAGCUACGAACCUCCGCACCAUGGUCAGCGGGAAGCUAUCCGAGACUGCAGAGGGCGGCGUGGAGCUGGUGCAUUACGAUAGUGCACAGCUGCACACCAAGAGGCUGGAAGUGAUGGAGGGCGUCAAGAAUCUGGUUUGUCAGUCACUUGACGUGUGCGCUCUCAUGUUCCGUGUCUGCUGGCAGCCGGAAGACAUCCCACAACAGUCGAACGUGGUAGACAGUGGCAUUUAUGUGGGCAUGUAUCUCCACGCCCUGGUUUCGUCCGGCUUCUCAAUCCUCAAAGAGUGGAUGCCGUUCUACGGCGUGAAAUCGUGGGCCUACCGGCGCCAGCUCCGCGAGGAGGUGUCCCUCCACGCCACAGGUGACCUUAUUGUCAAGCUAUUUGGGGAGGGUGUGGAUGUUCCCGUGCAGCCUCUUCCCCAGGUGGGAGAACACGGCGCCCUCGUCUUUCCCAAGGAGGACGAAGUCCGCACCGACCUGGCGAGGCAGUCAGGCAUGAUAACCCGGGUGGAGCUAGGGGGGUACGUUGUGUGUGCGGCUGUCAUGGGCCUGGCACGUUCGCUGGGCAUUUCGGAGGAUCAACUGCUGAGUGGAGCGGCACACGAGCUUCAGGCACACGGCACGCCUCUGCUGGCUCUGUCCACGUCCAAGAACCACGUGGAGCACGCCGCAUCUAUGCGGACGCUCGGCAUGACCAUCCAAUCGGCUCCCUGUCCGCUUCCGCUGCCAUCGUUCCCUUCUGCGCAUCUCGAUGGGUCGUCCAUCAUUCAUAGUGAGCCGACACCAGCCGAUGUCAAGCCCGUGACGACGGGGGAGCAGGAGCUCCCAACCGCUCCCGUGACUCCGGCAGCACCGCCGACGGUCUCGCGCUCUGCCAGGUAUCGCACGCGUGCCGGGACUAGGACUGCAGCACGGGCCGUGCGCACUGGUCAGCAGAUCAGGCUGGGUGCGUAUAAUGUGGAGCUCGAUGCGGCGUAUGCGUAUGCCGCGGCGGCAUUUGUGAUCAGGCGUAAUGACCACAUCCAGCACACGAAGGAGCUGUCGGACGCGGAGAAGGCAUCCCUGAUCGGGUGUGUUCGCGACGACGUGCGUCAUCUGGUCAAGGCACGGAUGUGGUGGAGGUGGCGUCAGUGGAGGACAGCAAUGGCAGAGCUGGGCAUUGCUCCUAGUACUCCCUUCCCCCUCGAAAACAAUGGCGCUCGGUCGCCGGACAACAGCAGUGGUGAUGGCGACGUGGAAGGCAGGAUGGUCCAUGAUGUGGAGGCGGUGGACGAGUAG